UCUCUCUUUCCCUUUGUCUCAGUCUGUUUCUUUCCUUCGCGCUGCAGCUUUCGCUUUCGCGGUCAACUAGCUACAUAUCGUGCGAAAGCGCGCGCUACACCCUCACACACACACGCGCGCACGCACACAUACACAUUUAUAUUUAUAUCCGUGUGUAGCCCAUGCAUACGCAGCGCUCUCUCCCAUGUAUCCGCAUCGUGAAAGAAUCCGUGAGACAGUGAGCCGUAGAUCGCGUAUCCGGAAACAAUCUUUUUAAUAAAUGUAGUGAAGUUUCGGUUACGGUAUCGUGUAUUGUUGCGUGUAACAGCGUAUUGUCGCGACGGAUUGACAGUUUUAUGGUGAAUAACGGUAUAUCGCGAGCCGGUUGCCGCUCUAGUUGAGCAGCUGGUCUGGUCUCAACAGGAGCGCGCGACACUAUUGUCUGUGCAUCCAAUUGACGAAAUGCGUCAAUAGUGCAACGUGGAUAUACAUUUGUAUGAUGCACGAUACAUGCAUUUUCUCCGAUCGAUAUGCGGCACGUGCAUGCCUAAGGACGAAGCGCGCUUUCGCAUGUAAUGUCUACGUCAACAACGACUCGAUAGAAAUAUCUCGACCUGAAUUGAUUGAUUUCGAGAAACUACUGAUGGAGGCACAACGUAAAUAUCCUGACGAGAACAUUCCUGAUUACUGCCAAAAUAUCUUCAAGUCACCACCAAGCCCGAAGAAAUCAGCACACAGUGAGAUGUUUGAGUCAGAAAUUAUGUCAAUGUUUUUACAAUGUAAUGAAUUUGAUCACCUGAAAUUGGACGAAUGGCAUGAAAUGAUAGAAAAGACACAAAAUUUUACUCGCGACAAAGCAAAAUGUUUGAAAUCAUCAGAAGUAGUAGAACGUGAGACAAUACUCCAUAAGUAUGAAGGAGAAGAGACUAUGGGACUUCGCCUAGAGGAUAUUUUCCCAGAAUUGGGAACUAUAUAUACAAAUGAUUUACAAGACAUAUCCAUUAUGCCCAUAAGACCACAAGAAGAAAUGGAGAAAAUUGUAGUUCAAGUUAAAAAGAAUCUUGAAGUGGAAGAGAAAAAAAUGAAUCCUAUUGAUCAGCCUACAACAUCUCACAAAGCAUGCAAGUCCUUCAAGAAAAGUGUAGGCACUAAGAAGAUCAGUGCAGGAAGAAGGAAGAAAGUAGUAGAAAAAAAUCUUACAAGCACUAAACUUGAAGGACAAAAACAGAGUGUAGAUGUUGACACUAUGGCAAAUAGAACAAUAGGAGAAGAUAUAAAAAGUAUAGAAGCAGUUGAUUUAUCGAGCUUAUUGGAACAAUUUGAAAAUAUUGUACAAUCGCAAAAUUUACCAAAAUCGCACGAUAAAUCAACUGUUAAAAAUACUCUUCCACAACACGCUCAACCGGCUAAGAGACCACGAGGCAGACCUCCGAAACAACGGAACUGCCAAGAAACCAUGCAUAAGGAAUCCACUGUGCCCAUUAUGGAUCAGCACAAAGUCAUCCAGGAUCCGUCACAGAAGAAACCCACAGAUAUGGCAAAGGUCCAAGAAACUAGAAGAACUACCUCAACUGCAACCACCAUACCAAACACCAAACAAUCCGAAAGCCAUAGCCAAAAUACCAAUAGUCAAAUAAAGGAUGUUCAACAUGUACCACGCCCCAGUCAUAGCGAUAGUUUAACAGUGGAAGGUAGUUCUUCGAUAAACUUGGAACAUAAUUAUUGCAUGGUUUCUACCGGCAAAAAUCCUGUUAGCAAUGAUACACCAAAAACACAUCAAAAUAACAUACAAUCUGCUGCUGCUGUAAUAAGCUGUGACAAACAAAGGAGAGAAAGCGACGUAAUGUCGACUAAAAUCACCGAGAUGAAGCAGAUACCAACAACUUCUGCUUCAUGGAACAACCAGACACAGGACAACACCAAUUUGAUAAACACAUCGAAAAAUAGCACCAGUUCAACUCCUACUCGUUAUGAAAUGAAAAUCCAGUCUGUACUCGCACGAAACAUCCUCAAGUCACGACAAAAGGGUAACGUAGUUAACGCAAAUGUCAGGUUAUCACCAAUGGUCUCGGUAUUGAAAAAACCGAAUACACAAAAUUUGAUACCAUCCAGCAAUAUAAAAGAAAAUAUAAUAGUUAAUACUGAUGACAUUAAAAAUACCGUUCAACAAAGUACAGAUUUAGAUAAACCGAAAAAGAAAUUAAAUUUAGAAGAAUAUCGUAAAAAACGAGAACGUAUAGAUAGCAAAAGCGGUAAUUCUUCAAUAAAGAGAAAAUUGGUGUAUCUGUACAAUGCGUGUACUACGACAGAACCCUUUUUCGACAAGGGUGAGAUGAUUUGGUCUAAAAACGAAAUCGAAGAAGCUGUAAAGUCUAUAUCAGAUUUUACAGAGACCAAGUCAACCACCUGCGAUGUUGCAGUACAGACAUACGAAACGAUUUUCGAAUUUGCUGGGUGCUCGACUGCUGAGAAAAAGGAGGAAACAGAGACGACCAAUAAAAGUGGUUCGAGUCGGUCGAGAUCCAACAGAAGCACGAGUAGGAGCACAACCACAAACAACAAUAGUAACAGCAGCAGCAGCAGUACUAGCAGCAGCCAUAGCAGCAAUAGCAGAAGCAGGACGAGGCAUAGGGACAGUAGCAGCAGAGAUAGGAGCAAGAAGAUGAAAGUUGAACGAAGUAGGAACAGAGAUCGAAGCAGAAGCCGAAACUCGAGCACCAGUAAAAGUAGGAGCAGAAGCGAAAGCGAAAGCGGUAGAAGCCGAAGCCGAAGCAGAAGUUCACAUAGACGACACAGAUCACAUCGGAGAAGUCGUCGACACAGUCACGAUAGCUCGAGUUCACGGUCUUCUACAUCUAACACCAGAUCUAGGAGACGAUCACGUUCCAAUUCGUAUCACUCAAAGUCUUCCUCGCGAUACUACUCUCGCCGCUCAAGGUCCCCUGCCUCGAAUUAUGGAAACAGCAGGUGGUCAUGCAGUAGGAACAGUAGUGAUCGGGAACGCUAUUACGAUAGAAGAAAUAGGUAUCCCAACAGUCGACAAGAGCAACAUUUGAGAAGCAGAUCACCUCCACAUUACUAUCGCAAACAUUAUAACGACAGAUCCCGUAGGGAAUGGCAACAACAAGUGGAGGAAAGAAAAGUGGUGUACGUGGGAGGCAUCGAAAAUGGAACCACAAAAGCAGACCUACGCCAACGGUUUAGGUCGUUUGGAACUAUUAAGGAAAUUAGUCUCCAUUUUCGUACGCAAGCUAUCAGUUUCGGCUUUGUAACGUUCGAGGACAAAAACGACGCGUACAGAGCCGUAGAACAUGGGAACGAUGGCCAGUCUCCCAAGUACCACUUAUCCUUCGGUGGCCGUAGGGCGUUUUGCCAAGUGAACUAUGCAGAUCUUGACGGCGCUGCGAAUAGUUCACACGGCAGCUGCCCGAACUCACCGACGGAUCAGAGCAGCUUCGAUGAUCUGCUGCAGGAGGCGAUGAGUCUCCGAAAAUUAGUUUGACAAUUGUAUUGUCUAACUAAUUUAAAUUUUAUUUAAAUAAAUAUAUUGUAAAUUUUUAUGUAAAUAUAAAUUAAUAUACAAAGAGAAACAUGA